UUCUCACUAAUUUUCUCGACGAACGAACCUUCUUCGACUUCCCACCAUUUUUUCACAGCCCGUCGUCUUCUUCCUCUUCUCCGAUCUUCAUACGCUCUGCUCUGAAUCUACGAUGACAUCAGGGAACAGAAUGCCGACUUGGAAGGAGAGGGAGAAUAACAAGCGGCGGGAGAGGCGCCGCCGUGCGAUCGCCGCUAAGAUCUUUCUCGGUUUGCGAAUGUAUGGCAACUACAAGCUUCCCAAGCACUGCGACAAUAAUGAGGUCCUCAAAGCCCUCUGCAAUGAAGCUGGAUGGACUGUUGAGGAAGACGGUACUACCUAUCGGAAGGGAUGCAAGCCUGUGGAACGUGAUAUCAUGGGUGGAUCAGCUUCUGCAAGUCCAUGUUCAUCGUACCAGCCGAGCCCAUUUACGUCUUAUAACCCAAGUCCUGCAUCUUCUUCCUUCCCAAGCCCCACCUCUUCCCGUUACGCCAUUAUAGGCAAUGGCAAUACUGCCGAUCCCAAUUCCCUCAUCCCAUGGCUGAAGAACCUCUCCUCAGGUUCAUCAUCAGCUUCUUCCCGGCUGCCUCAUUACAAUCAUUACAUAACUGGUGGCUCUAUAAGUGCACCUGUCAGCCCUCCAUCGAGCUCCCCAACUGCUCGAACACCCAGAAAACCAAAUGAUUGGGACAAUCAUCCUGCAGCUGCUCCAGCUUGGGCAGCACAGCACUUCUCAUGCAUGGCGACCCCACCAAGCCCUGGACGUCAGGCAUUGCCUGAUUCGGCAUGGCCUGAUAAUAUGCGGAUUCCUCAAAGUGGACCAUCGUCUCCAACCUUCAGCCUUGUGGCAAGGAAUCCAUUUGGAUUCAAGGAGGCAAUGUCUGCUGGAGGAUCUCGUAACUGGACUCCUGCACAGAGUGGGACAUGCUCGCCCACGGUCACUGCAGGCGCCGAUCAUACUUCAGAUGUUCUAAUGACAGAUGAAAGUGUGGCGGAGUUUGCCUUCGGAAGUUGUUCGGUUGGGUUAGUGAAGCCUUGGGAAGGAGAGAGAAUUCAUGAGGAAUGCAUCUCUGAUGAUCUUGAACUUACACUUGGGAAUUCAAGAACAAGGGUUAAUCCAGUUACAUCCUCUUAAAUUCAAGUUUGGCAACUUUCAUUGUGACUAUAAGUUGUUCAAACGGUUGAUCGUUUAAUUCUUUCCUUGAUAAUCUAUUUGUUGUUCUUGUUCCUUCCAAAAGGAGAACCAAAUUCAAAUUCCACUAAUGAUUGUUGAAAGGGA